AUGGCCUUGACUUGUAUGUUGGAUGCAGUUGCUACUUUGGGACAGUUUUUGGGCUUCUUAGUAGGUAAUUCAGCUAGUAUGUCGCUAACAGUGUCUCAUCUCUUAUUUGCAAAUUAUACACUUAUUUUUUAUGAUGUUGAUUCCCGUAAUUUAGCUGCUUUGUGUGAAAUUCUUGACAAAUUUGAAGAGGUUUCAAGGUUAAAAAUUAAUUUCUUGAGAUCAAAAUUGGUUCCAAUUAGUAACAUGCUUAAUAUGGAGGAAGUAGUGGAAAUUUUGGGUUGUAAGCAGUCUUCACUUCCUUUGAAAUACUUGGGCCUUCUAUUGGGUGCUACUUAUAAAGAUGAGACAAUUUGGAACCCUAUUUUGGAGAUGAUGGAGAGGCGUGUGGCUAAAUGGAAGAGGUUGUAUUUAUCUAAAAGGGGUAAAGUAACUCUCAUUAAGAGUACUCUAUCUAGUUUGCCUACUUAUUUCCUAUCUCUCCUUCUUGUUCCAGUAAAAGUGGCUAACUGUAGGGAGAAAAUACAAAGAGACUUUCUUUGGAGUCGUACUGAUGCUCCUAAGGUACCUCUAGUGAAUUGGUCUAAGGUUUGUAAGCUGGUGCAGAAUGGCAGUUUAGGGAUUAGGCAUCCAAGAAGAUUUAAUUUUGCUUUUCUAGGCAAAUGGUUGUGGAGAUAUGGAACGAAGAGAGAGAUGCCGUUUGGAGGAGGGUAA